UGCCAGCGUAUGCAACAAGCGCCACCUCCGUAUAAGCAACUCUAGGCAAGCGUCGCCGCUGCUCGACUCGUGUUCUCUUGACCACGCCGUUUCAAUUUCUUGACAUUCUUUGUCGUGCUUCAUAUUGCCUCGACAAUCCAAGUGAACUUGAUACCAAUUCCUUCACAAUCUGUCUGCCCUGUUGAAAAGUUAGCAAGAUGGAAGAGUGAUGGUGUGGUGGCUACAGCGCGCUCGACAGGUGGAUUGGGCUCUUCAACGUGAUUUUCUCGAACAGACUACCUUCACGAGCUGACUCAUCACCACCAUUGGCGCGGACUGGCUUCCCGCUUGACUUUAAAUUUCUUCUCCCACGUGAUCUUCAUAUGUCUCCGAGCCCUCGUCUGCCCUCGCCAAAUUUUACUUCCGUGACAUUGGCAGGAUUUUAAAUUUUCUUCAGUCCGGCAAUGCGGUCGUAAGUUAUCAAAUAUUGAACUAAGCAUUCACAAUCUACAUGCCCUGGACAGUCCUUCUUUCCUCCGACCCUACACUUGACCUUCGCGCUGUCUUUCCUCAUGAAAAUCCAGCCCCACCCAUCAUCGGCCGAUGCCCUUCGUACGUGGUCUCAUGAAGAUCUCUUCGACACGCGGCACUCACACCAGUCCUCCGAGACUAAAACCACCAUGGAUUCUUACGAUCCUUUCAUGAUGAGGGAGUAUCAAAAUCAUAAUUCGACUCUAGCGGAGUUAAAGCCGUUGGAACCAAUGGACUAUCUGAACGUAUCCCCAGAUACCUCUCUAGGACACCACGACUCCAUAAAUAACAGUGAAUGUUCUCCAUCAGGGCAAAUUUAUCGAGGAGCUUUGCUAAGUAACACAUUCCUCGGCUACAGCGGUACUCCCGAACCUGUGUCGACGACCACAUCUCCUCUGUCAUCAUCUGCCGUGUCCGUAAAACAGGAGGAACAUGAUACGUUCGUUGGAGCUGACGACAUCGAUGAUUUGGCUUCGAUGAUCGGUUGUGCUAACACUGACACCAGCCAUCCAACUCAGCCUAUAGCUUUCAGUGAUCAAAUUGAGCCGUCCUUACCUGAACCCUCGCUCACCAUCGACGAUUGGCUGAUGCUGGACAUGAACAAAUCAGAUAUGACUGAUAAUGUCACCAACUCAGGGCUUUCCCCAAAUUCUGACUUGUCUUCACUGGAUUCACAAAACCAACCUUCAACAACGUCUUCAUUGCACACAACUCUCGAUUACUCCACCCAUCACCACCACCACAUCCACCAGCACAUGCACCAACAACCAAUCCACACCCCACUUCAAGCCUUAUUGGCAGCUGGGACUGUAAACAACAGCAACACCAAUUCCUAUCUCCAGGGAAUAACAAUGUCUGAAGACAGCUAUCAAAAGGCGCAGCCUAUAUUAUACAACAAAUUAACUCAACCUCAGAAAGAUUCGUUGAACAGUUUGAGCCCAAGUUUGUUGAAAACUGAUCCAAUGUUCAGUCGAUACGGUUCAUACCCCUGCAAGGAUUCGACUCCUCAUUCGACUGACGUGACGAGCUAUACUGUCACUACAACGGAUGAUAUUUUAGUGACCAAGUUCGAUCCUCGAUACAUGGAGCAAACUCAGCUAGGAUCGCCAGACUCGGAUUUAUCUUCAACACAAUUAGGUUACGAUUAUGGAGAUUUUAAAGGAAAAAAUCGCAGUCGGCUGAACAAAAGUACAAAGUUAGCAAUACGAACCGAAGGGACGAAGGACAAACCUGUUCAUCACUGCACCGUCUGCAACAGAGGCUUCCUCAACAAAUCCAAUAUCAAAGUUCAUCUCCGCACGCACACAGGAGAGAAACCUUUCAGAUGUGAGACUUGCAACAAAGCCUUCCGCCAAAAGGCACAUCUGUUGAAGCAUUAUCAAAUACAUAAAAGAGGAGCAAGAGAUUGACUGGAAGUACAGAGUCCUUGGCAAACGAUGUACCAUAAUGAAAUGCCUGACGAAAUUUAAAAGGACUCCAGAUAGAACCAGAGAUAUUUAUCUAUUUAUUUAUUUAUUUCCUAUCUUCGAAAUCGAUUGCUCGUUGUGGGUAUUACUGUUGCAGAUUACUUGAGUUUGCUGUUGAUUAUUCUCGGUGGACAUUGAAAGAUGAGUGUCGAAAUUUCGCCUACAAUUUUGACAAACAUAUAUGUUGGGGCGGUACGAAUAGCUCAUAAAAGAACGGCAUAUAAUUCUACAAAUAGCCAGGAGUUAAAGUAAAACUUAUUGUGAACUAAAUUUAUUUGAUUUACUGUCUAGCCCUUAUCACAAACUAUUACAUGAGCUUCAGGGCCCACUAGAAUUGUGGAAAACAAAAUCACAUUCAUUAUUUCAGAAAGAUCAUUAUUGCUCGACUAUGUAAUGAAAUUAACGAUUGAAAAUUCGUAUCAGCAGCUGCAACGAACUAUCAGAUUACAAUCGGUUUGGGGAAAUUUAGAUUUGGCCGUGGUUACAUUAAUCAAACGCAACUGUUUUACAACGGAAAAAGUAAUGAAAAAUCUGUUAAAGGGUGUCAGCAUCACAUACAAUUUCAAAGGUUUAUUAGGCUCACGGGGAAUAUUUCCGUGUAUAUUUUCAGGUGAAUUUUCGAUACCUUUUUGAUCAGUGUCACAAUGGAGAAGGACCUGAAGUUAUGCUUGUACACAUAAAUUAUUUAUUCUUCUUUCAUUAUUGUGUUUCAUCCAUAAUAAUUGAUUAGCCACUCGUAGAAGAAGUUUACUAUUCGCUUAAAAGUCUGUCGCAGUGCAAUGCCACUUUGUAACACAGCAGUGCCCGAGGGUAUUGGCUUAGGGCAGGAUGGCUGCCAUGAGUUGCGGGGCUGCGCAGAGGGAGAGAGUGAGUCAAGGGAGGGGGCGAGAGCGCCCUACAUGCUAAGUGGGUCAGCUCGAGCCGGUCGACUGGAGAGCGCGUCUCUCCAGCGCUGCUGCUAUCCGCAUGCAGAAAGUUGUAGCGCAGCAAAACGAUGUGUCAGCUUCUGCAGAACCGCAUCCCACCCAACCCCCUCUGCGUGCGUUGGCUUGUGUCGCUUUCUAGACACAUUUUAGUAUCUGGCAUUGCAUAGCGCACAUUUCAGAGCUAAGCAAGGCUCCGAGCAUAUUAUUCCUGGCAAACUGCUGGGAAAUGUUGACGCUCGUCAGAGCGCUGGCGCUGCUUCGUGACCUUGAAUUCCACUCUGGCGAAAAAUUUGGUCAUGGCCCGAAUUCACUUUUGACGCGCAUGCCGUAGCAAGUCCAGGCCUCUUAAUUACAGUGUUCUAGUAAUUGAAAUAUAUUAGACAGCGCUGUCUACCGAGAUAGGUUUAAUUCCCUAGAUGUGUGAUCUCUAAUAUUUUGUUCAUUCAAGCAUUUUUUCGUUUAUGAAUCUAUUAUGCUAAUGAGUUCUGGUUGACUCAGGUGACUUGUAACUGCGACAACUGUUUUUACUGGAGAGAAAACAACACCAAUAGAUCGUGAGGCCUUUCAAUUUAUUGCAUCAUGGUAACAAUAAAAUAAAGAUACUCUCGGAAAAUGUCGGAGAAGUGCUCCCUACAACAUUUCAUCCGAGAAUUAGACUGUAACAAUUACUUUAUGAUCGAUCUAUUCUCUCCAAUGAUAAUUUUGAACUGAAACUCGAAAUAUUCAUACGAGGACAGUUUUUGUUUCCGUACACUCUGACCGGCCCGCCAAAAUCAGCACUUCAUUUCAAAACCAAUCCGCCGCCUCUCAGGUUUUCAGGUGAAUGGAAGACGUCCGCUACUUCCAACAAGAACCGGAUAUCUGAUUACUUAUAAAACACUACAUUUCGGUGCAUAAAUCGAUAGCGUUAUUUCAUUAUUUUGCAAGAGGUUAGAAAUAAAUCAUGCAUCCCUGUUACAUCUACCACGCAUCUUGGUCUCAGUGUCUCCUACUACUGUUUCCACUUCUACGCUGUAGUUUACUUCUCACUCUUCUAGGGCUGAUUCUGCAGUCCUAGAUUCGACCCACCGCUUUAUUAUUGCAAGUUUGUUGUCGCUUCCUUGAAGUUUACGACUGUCCGUCUGAAAUCAGACGUCUUUUAUCUUAAACGUAUUGUUUACACGUCGUAUGACCUGAAAUUAGAGGAAUAGAUUGUCUAAGUGAUCACUUGUAAUUAAAGGAUUGACUGAUAAUUGAACCAGUGUGACUUGUGUCAGAGAUCUAUCCGUGAGCAUGUAGGUAGUCCAUCUAUUAAUGACUGGUGAACCAUUAAAAUUUUUUUAUUCGUUAUGUUUCAUGACACAUUGUUUUUUAUCCCGAAAAAACUCUGUGGAAGAAGAUACACGAUUCUUCAAUAACUUAUAAGGUUAAAUUCACUUUUUCCACCUGCUAGUUUCAAUUAAUUUUAACCGGUAUUCAGUACUUGAAUGGUUUGCCAUUUUUCAUCGAUAAUCACAAGAUGAUAUUGCAAAUUACGUAUGUUUUGUUUGUAAAAGAGAGACGGGAAUUUGGUGCGAAUGAAUGGAAAAGGUCAUGACAUAUAUAAGCCUUACCCGAGAUCUGUAGCGGCCUUGCAGAAGUAAAGCAUAUGUUACCCACUGGCAGGCCGAUAUUAUUUUGUUGUGAGAGGGGAAUAUAGUUAGCUGUAACUAAUAUUAUUAUUCGAGUUUUCCGUCUUCUUCUGCCUCACCACGGUGUUAUGGUUUGCUGUACAUAUUGUUGCUAUAGAGAUGCUCCAAACACAGGAAUUCUGAUCUGUCGUUUUGUGUAGAAACAAUCCAUUCUCUUUAAUUUAUAACUUUCAUCGAUCGUUCGUCUCAUUCAUGUAAAUAUAGGAUGAUAAAUAUAUUUGUUCGUAAGAAAGAGAUCAAGAAUUAUCAUAAUUAAUUCUUUAUUGUUUAUUUUGUGUGUUGUUGGUCCCGAACGCUGUUCUUCCCUCGACUUGUGACACGAAUGUUUUCACUAAGAUACUUUUCUUCUCGUAGACUAAGUAAAUCAUAGAGCAUUCCUUCUGAUAGCUUUUCUGUACACUUGCACCUAAUCAUGAGCAUGAGUCGUCUCCACAACAUCUUGUUACGCGUUAGUACACAUGUCAACUUUGUUUGGAAGCUAACAUAUUGUUCAGCUUGCUAUUGUACAACAUUCUGAAAUCUACGCGAACAAAUGUAAUGCAUAAAGUCAACUUAUAUUUUAUACCAUCAUCAAAAUCUGUACAGAAGAAGCAUCUGAAUUUAUUUUUGUAACUACUGUAAAACAAGAUUAUAGGAAGUCGUCAAGCUUCCAAAGCGCAGGACUGCAGAGUGACACUAUAGAAAGAUGG